ACCUCUUUUAUCUUUUCUGGCCAACAACAAAGUACGAUGUCUGCAUCCGACGAGUGUAGAACUCUUCUUCUUCUUCCUCCUCCUCAUUCCUUGUACUGCAACGAAACAGCUUCCGAUGUCUUAUUAGACCACGUGUCAUCGUGCGGUACUGACACGUGUGAUGGUCAUGGUACAUUAGAUACACUCGACGAUGAAGACGAGGAUUCUGUAGAGUGCAUGUUUGACUCGGAGCUUGAUCGAAUGCUGUCAGUUACCGAGAUUUCUGAUCUCCGAGAGGUUGUUGCUGCUGCUCAUCGAGACGACGCCGUCCACUGGAUGUUCGAGGUUCAUUCUUACUACGGAUUCAAGCCUGAAACCAUAUAUCUUUCUGUAAACUAUUUAAAUCGUUUCCUCUGUUCUAAAACUCUGCCGAAAAAUAAAGCCUGGGCGAUACAACUAGCGGCAAUAGCAUGCUUGGCAGUGGCAGUAAAAAUGGAAGAAAGAGAAGUGCCAUUUCUGUUAGACUUGCAAAUCAAGAAACCAAAGUUCUUGUUUAAACCGAAAACAAUUCAACGAAUGGAACUUGUGGUUAUGGGGAACCUGAAAUGGCGAUUGCGCAUCAUUACACCUUUCAAUUUUCUACCUUAUUUCACUUCAAACCUACUUUCUUGUUCUCUUCCCACCAAAUCUUGUUGCUUCACAUGCAUUCUCUCCCUCGCUUCUCAUCUCAUUAUCACCACCUGUACAGCUUGAUUGGGAU